AUGUUACACAAGGUUGUUUCAGUUUGCAUAAUUGAACAGUUGGCAAGUCCUGAUAAGCAGCAGCUCAAAGCUUCGGAUGGGAAACUCAGUCCAUGGCUACAAGCUCUUGCAACACUGGUUGGUGCGAUAUACAAAAAGUACAAUGUGGAACUGUCUGGAAUGUUGAAUUAUGUUAUGAACCAGCUUAAAAAUGAAAAAAGCUUUGACUUGCUCGUACUACGUGAAGUCAUCCAGAAUAUGGCUUGCAUUGAAGGUGUGGCUGGCGCUACCCCUGACCAGCUUGAGGCACUUGGUGGCGGAGAGCUGCUCAGGCAAGAGGCUGGAAGUUUUACCACCACAAGAAACAAGCGCGCGUCUGCUCGUCUGCGUGAUGCUAUCAUGACUGGCGACACUGCUGUAGCCCUGUGCAUUUUGAUAGCACAGCAAAGAGAAUGUGUAGUCUACCAUGAUAGUUCUCGCUUACCUUUGAAGCUGAUUGGAGAGAUGGUCGAUCAGGUCAGUACUGCACUCCUUGGAUGUCUUUGA